CAACGUGGUUUCUUCCGAGAGGCUGCUUCAGGUUUUCUACACUUGUUUGUUUCAUGAGAAGUUGUGAUGAACUCAGACCCGGAAAGACCGUAUGUUUGCAACGCUCCCGGCUGUUCGCAGCGAUUCCCCACCGAAGACCAUCUAAUGAUUCAUCGACACAAACAUGAGAUGACCCUCAAGUUUCCUUCCAUAAAGAACGACAACUUGUUAUCAGACCAGACGCCAACGCCAACACGUUUCCUGAAGAACUGCGAGGAGGUGGGACUGUUCAGCGAGCUCGACUGCUCCAUUGAGCAGGAGUUUUGCAAGGCCCAGGAAGAAGAGGACUCCAAACAGAACAUCUCUCUGCACGGCCAGGGGGGCCAACACCAGCAGGCCCACUCGAGAAUGGGAAACCACGACACCAGCAUAGUGAUCCAGCAAGCUCUACCCUCUCCUCAGUCCAGCUCCGUCAUCACUCAGGCUCCGUCCACCAACAGACAGAUCGGGCCCGUCCCUGGCUCUCUGUCCUCACUGUUGCACCUACGAAACAGACAGAGACAGCCUCUGCCAGCCUCCAUGCCUGGAACGCUGCCAGACCCCACCAUGCCUGGCUCCUCUGCUGUUUUGAUGCCCAUGGAGAGACAAAUGUCUAUGGGUGCCAACAUGAUGGGUAUGCAAGGUCCCGCCCACAGCAGCCCCUGUUCCUCCGCGCACAUUCCCUCCAUGCACUCAGAGGCCAAGAUGAGGCUGAAGGCUGCACUUUCACACCACCCGGGCGCCAUUGCCAACGGAAACAUGAACUCCAUGGGCCACAUGAUGGAGAUGAUGUCGUCGCGCCAGGAGCAAAGCAACCACCAUCACAUGCACUCGCACCCGCACCAGCACCUCCAAGCACCUCCCCACGCGUACCAGCACCACGGCCAUCACCACCACGGCCAGGGCCACGCCCAGGGCCACAGCCAGGGCCACGGCCAGGGCGGCCACCAUCACCCGCAUGGACACAAUCCCCAUCACAACUCCCAUAAUGCCCAUCUCCAUCACGGGCAUCCGCACCAGACCUCGCCACACGCUCAGAUGCACUCCGCUUCACAGAUGUCUCCCGCCACCCAGCAUAUGCAGCCAACGCAGACGCUUCAUUCCCCGCCCCCGAGCGGCGGCCGGCGUAGGCGAGUAGUGGACGAAGAUCCGGACGAACGUCGGCGGAAGUUUUUGGAAAGAAACCGAGCGGCGGCGACGCGAUGCAGACAGAAGAGGAAAGUGUGGGUGAUGUCGUUAGAGAAGAAAGCAGAAGAACUCACGCAGACCAACAUGCAGCUUCAGAAUGAAGUGACAAUGCUAAAGAACGAGGUGACCCAGCUCAAGCAGCUCCUCCUCACACACAAGGAUUGUCCCAUCACCACUAUGCAAAAAGAGUCCCAAGGUUACCUCAGUCCAGAGAGCAGUCCGGCAGGAAGUCCUUCUCCAGCUUGCACGCAGCAGCAGGUCAUUCAGCACAACACCAUCACCACCUCCACCACGACCAUAGGGGGCAGCGGUGUGCACGGACAAGCCAACAGCCGAACAGACAUUAACGCCAUCCACUAGGGGAACGGAGGGACUAUACAGCCCCGGUGGUCCCACCCUUCACCCUAACGCGCCUCUGCUUUUUUGAGGCUCUCCAGCUGCACACAUCAUCCCCUCCCCCAUCAAGAGAAACCUCAAAGCCUCCAAGGCUCUUCUUUUUACAGUAGCCAUGGUAUGUAUUUUUAUAGAACCUUUAAUGCGUACAUGUUUUACGGUAUGUUGCCUGUUUCCCCCCACCCUCUUUUUAUAUUUGCUUUUGUGAGUUAAGUAGGCAGCGUUGGUAUGGAAUUUUUUUUUGUUUUGUUUUUUUCCCAGCGUGUAGCGGUACAAAAUGGACCAAAGCGUUCAUGGAACAAGAGGGAAGAGACUGGAGAAUGUCAUCUCUUAAAGUUUCUCUAUUUGACCGAUGGACUGGCUCAUCUAUGUGGAAACCUAACAUGUCUCACAAGUAUUUAGUAGGAAACGACAAAAGUUUAUUACAAAGUGGAACCUCUAAGGUUGAACACAACUCGGUCUGGAAUGGGUUGACCUCCAAUUUAAAUAAAACAAUUAGUAAUUUAAUUCAUCCGUUUUCGAGUCAAACUGUAACUGUCAUAAAACCUUUAUUCAGAUUAAAUUGUGAUUUAUUGUCAAUUCAGUGCGAAUUUGUGUUAGGCAGGCAAUGUGUUUAUGUUAUAUUUUGACAUUCUUCAUUGUCAUUCAAAUUUAAAAAGAAGGUACCUUAUGCUGAACCUAUAAAACAGUACAAUUUCCGCAAUACGUAAUUUAUUGGGGAGGGUAUUGCCGAAGGCUAGUUGUCUUCCUGCAUUGCGCUUUUUAAUAUUGUCAUACAAGUCAAUACGCAUAAGAAAAUAAUAAUAAUAAAUAAGAAAGAAAAUAAGAACCUAAUCACUGGAGCCAUAUUAUACUGAGCUGCCAGAUGCAUCAAAGAAAAAGCAAAACAGGCUUAAUUUUGUUUGCUGCUGAAAUCGAACUCAGCAGUCUAUUUUCCCAAUUUCACUUUAGAGGUUCCUCUGUAUAUUUCUCAUAGCAAAGAAAUAAAUAAAAAACUAAUUCCUUUUUUUGUACAAAAGCUUACUAGAUUCCCUUGAGAACUGUUUUGGACAGUACAUUUAUUGUAUUAGGUCCAAAAGUAUUUUGACAAUAACAGUCUUUGAUAUGCCAACUCGGAUAUGAAAGAAAACAAUCAAUAUUCAAUUGAAGUAUAGACUGAUUUUUUUUUUUUUUUUAAUUACACGUUUUUCGAGACACGAGUCAUCGAUCAUCUGAUUUAUUUCUUUUUUUCAUUGACUUGUGAGCAAGUUGAGACAAAGAGAAUUACACAAUGCAUAUUUAAAACAAUGACAUAACUUUGGCUUUGGAAGGUCCGCUAGCUUAAUGCUAACACAUAGUGGGAAACGCCACAGACGGGCGAACGAAUAGCAUCGACGUCACUGUGUUAUAACCCUUCAAGAGAUUUGAACACAAACGGUGCAGCAACACACGGAGACAAACUAUAUAAGAAUACUCAUUGCCCUAUAUUCUUUAGCCUCUGCGAAAAAGACCGAAUACUACUGCCGCUUACUGAGGCAGUUGUGAAAUUCGUCUUCGUGUGAGUUUGUUUGUCUCUUUUAUACCGCCCUCUCGUGGCCAGAUCACACAUGCCAGAAGAUGCGCAAAGAAAGAUGAUUUCAGAUAUGAGAUUGAAUAUGAAGUCAAUACACAACCUUUUUGACAUUUAUCAUGCGGGAGUUCCAGACAUUUUAUAUCGAUUACGUCCGUGUCUGGACAAUGGGACAGAAUUGUAAAUAAAACCCAACGAAUGACUUUUUGAAGGCAUGUUUCAAUAGCCCUUAUGAAGACAAACGUGACGGCAACUGUAGUUCCUAAAUGGUAAAAGCCAUAUUUAUGUAAAACCAGUUGUUUUUAAAUCCGUCUGCAAAAUGAACCAAAGUCUGCCAUUGUCCAAAUACUUGUUGACUUAAAUGUAAAUCCGUAAUCUUCUCAUCCCAACAAGUGAGGUGUGAUGGUGACGCCUGAAAAGAAAUCACUGUGAUGUGUUUUAGAUGAUCAUCCUUUCUCGUCUCCAUCUUCCCUACGAGACCGUUAACCUCAUUGCCGGCAGUCUUAAAAGAAUCGUAUCAACUUCAUCGUUACGGUGAUAGCGUGGUGCUCGAGGGAUAAGCAAUACAGCGCUCUGUGGGUCAUGUCGAGUACGUCCGCGCGACGCACCAACUCUGUGAAAGCGCCGAGGCAGCUUAUGAGUCGCAACAAUCUCCUCCAAGACCGCCCCGGGUUUUCACUCGGGGGUGGGGAACCUUUUUCCUAUCAGUUUUUAUGAAGUCCUCCGAGGGCCGUGAUAGAUUUAUGACAAAAUAUGAUGCAACGAUCAAGCAAAUGUAUAUUAUUACAUAUUAUGAGCACUUUUUUUAUUUUAUUUUUAUAGCAGCUCCUCUAUAGGUUUUAUUUUGUGUUUAGACUUGCAUGGAAGGCCGGAUCAAAUCCGCAUGUGGAUAAUAUGUACGCGUAAGAGAGCGUGGUUCUCUCUGUAAUCUAAAACUGGUAUGAUUUUGUAUUGCUUAAAGAGGAGCAAUUUCUGCCAGUGAUUUCCCAAAUAUCACAAUGUGCCUCUGUUAUUUUUUUUUUUCAUGUUUAGGCAGCAGAAUCUUCUUUACUUUACUUCCAGCACUCAUGUCGAUUUCAGCCACAUUAUGCUAGUGAUAGUUUUGCCUCUUAUUGGCAUUUGUCUUGGAUUUAUUUUUCAUUAUUCAUAACUUUAUUAACCUUUCUCAGGCCUUCCCCCCGCCCCCCCCUGUUUUUAACUCAAUGGCGACAUACCCUACGCGCUCCCUUCAAAGGAAACAGGAACUUUCCCUCCAGGAAUGUCGACGUGAGCACCCUAAAGCACUGUGUUGUACAAUAAGGUGAAGCAGAGCGGUCUAUGCACUUUGACCUCUGCACUGCCAGAGGGUAGAAUAGCCAUAUUAAACUUAAGUCAUUCUCAGUGACCCCUUCCCUUCUUUUAAAACACACCAGCGUGAAAAUGCAUUUGGUCUGAGUUGAAGGAAGUUAUGUUACUAUCUCGCCUCACGUCUCAACUUUUUGCAUUUGGGUUUUAGCGUGUGUGCAGGAGGGCAGUUUCUCCUAGGGGGGGGGGCUUUGUUCCACCUUUUGUCAAUCACCCUCUUAAUGAUUUGCCCAGUGGUUCUCAAACAGGAGUCAGUAGUUUGGGGGUCUGCAAAAUCAUUUGCAAUAAAUCAUUAUGUUGUAUCAUUAUAAAAAGUUCAUACCUCCAUUUGGGGACCGGCGCGUCAAUAAAACAAACAGAAUAAAUUUGGGCCAAUUAUAAGCUCUGAUGGACUUGUGAUGUAUUAUCACAUAAACCUGACAUUUCUGCAUGAAUAAAUUAUUUUUUUUUUAGAACAAAAGGUGUAUUUGUUUUGAGAAUAUUGUCCCAUUUUUUAAUGAAUGAACCUGUCUUUUCCAGAAUAGAAGGCAUAUUAUGAGAAUAAAGAUGUAUUUUGGAAAUGUACUUGUUAAAAUAUAACUUCUACAUCAAUAUCAUACAAUUAUGACUUUAUCACUGAAAACUAUGACUUUGUUCUUGUACGAUUACAACAUUUUACCAGACAAAAUACAUCUUUGUUCUUAUAAAGAUUUUUUCAACUUUUUUCCUACAAAAAUAGGAAUCUAUCGUAACGUUACAAUUUGUUUUCUUAAAAAAUUGUUCAAGUUUGAGAAUCCCUGAAUUCGACCAUUCAAAAUCAAGGCGCCGCAUGUCAUAUUUGAACUGGAAUCAUUAAGAAGGUGUCGCUAUGGGUGGGGAACCUUUUUAAUUUUAGUCCGCAAUUGCCAUACUAAAAAAAAAAAAAACAAUUAAAAAGUGUUCAUUACUAUAAACGUGAGCAUUCGUGGGCUUUUUUUUUUGUUUUUAAAUAACAGUUCCCCUUAGGUCAAUUUCAUAGCGGCUGUAUCAAAUGCUCUCACGGGCCAAACGUUAGGUUCCCCACCCCUGCACUCUGGUAAAGUUCAGGAAAAAACAGCUAUGUGUUGCUUUAUAUGCAAAAAAAAACAAAACAAAAAAGUUCAGUGUGACUGUUUGUGUACAAGAAUAAUUCUUACGCAUUAAUACUUGUCAUUCUAAGUGUAAAACUAUAAAUAUUGUACAUAAGGCCAUGAAUUUCUAUAAUCAUGUACAUGUAUUGCAACUACCUUUCUUUUUGAAGGGAAUACAUGUGUGUAAAUAAUGUUUGCAUACAGCACUUGUUGCCUUUUGUCAUACAUCGAGGCUCUAAGCAGCGCUUAAAUACAUUGUUUAUAUGUCAUGAACUGACCCUGACCCUUUUGCCUGCAUAACUUUGUACAUUCUUUUUUUUUGUGUGUCCCCAUGUUGGCUUGUUUUUGGCCAUUUGUACAGAUGUUCAACAUUAUCGCUGCAGUUGCAUUCGGAAA